AGUGCACCUUAAAACACCAUUUAUAUAAAAGAGUCAUUUCAACUCUAUUUUCUCUUCUUUUUUUAUCAUUAUAAUUUUAUUAAAACAUGAAGUGUGUAUAUCUUGCUACUAUCAUUGGUGCCUUUGCUGCUACUGCUGUUCAUGCUCAAUGCGCUUGUGCUCCCACAGACAGCGUCUGUCUCAGUGAAUGUGUCGGUCAAACUAACAGCUGUAUCUCGGCUUGCCGAAGCAAUGAUUGUUACUCAAACUGUAUUUCUAACCACUGGCCUGGUGUUGAUCCCGUCUCUUCCGCAACCUCACCUUCAACCACCGCCGCUGUUGUUGAGCCUUCUUCAAGUGCUGCCGUUGUCUCUUCUUCUAGCAGUGAUGCUGCUAGUGCUAGUGCUAGUGCUACUGCUACUGCUACCGCUAGUGCUAGUGCCAGUGCUACUUCCGAGCCUUCUGCUUGGUCCUCAGCCGCCGUUGCCACUUCCACUUGGUCUUCUGCCUGGUCUGGUAGCUCUUCUAUCGCACCCAGUAGCUCUUCCGCUUGGUCCCAAUCAUCUGCUGCCUGGACCUCCAGCUCUGCUUGGUCUUCAGGAUCCACCUGGGUAGCUAGUCGUAAGUAUUUCUAUGGAUACGUAACUUGUUUCUUUUAUGUAACAUUUUUUUUUAUUUGACUUAGACACUGCUUCUGCUUCUGCGUCCACUUCAGUUGCUGUGAAACCUUCAAGCAUCAGUCCUGCAGCUUCUCUUUUGCCUGCCAGCGCUGCUACCACCACGCAAAUGUCAAAGGCCAUGAUUGGUCUUGGCUUCGCAUGUGCAGCC